GAUUGUGCACCUCCCAUCCCCCCACUUCACUAUAAGAGCUCUCUCACCUGCUCGCCGACGCGCCGCCAGCGGCACCCUCCCUCCAUUUCCAUUUCCCUCCCAUCUCUCUCUCACCCAUCGCGUCGCCCAACAGCUUUAACAGACUCGAUCCAAGUCGAUCUAGGUCAUUCAGCACUCCGUCUUUCCAUCUCUCCAAUCAAUAUCUCAGUUUUUUAACCCCAACACCCUUCAAUUCCAUCCAUCGCAAUGGGUCCCAAGAAGGCAGACGGCGCCGCGGCUACUGCUGCUCCCAAGGCCAAGAGCACUCACGCCUCUUACCAGGAUAUGAUUACUGAGGCUAUUCUUGCUCUUAAGGACCGCACUGGGUCUAGCCGUCAAUCACUCAAGAAAUAUGUCAAGGCCAACAACACAAUCAACGCCAGUGACAACAUGUUCGAUUCAUUAUUCAACAAGGCACUGAAGGCAGGUGUCGAUAAGGGUGUUUUCGAGCAACCCAAGGGUCCCUCUGGUACCACUAAGCUCUCCAAGAAAUCUAAGGAGGCUGCCGCCAAGCCUGCUCCCAAGAAGGAGAAGGAGGGAGACAAGGAGACCAAGAAGGCCGCCCCGAAGAAGGAGAAGGACAGUGCUAAGAAGGCAACCACAACCAAGAAGCCAGCUGCAGCCAAGAAGGAGAAGGAGGCUAGUGAGAAGAAGCCUGCUGCUAAGAAGGCUGCCGCCCCCAAGAAAGCUGCCCCCAAGAAGGCUCCUGCCGCUAAGAAGGAGAAGGACGCCCCUGCUGCUGCUGAGAAGCCUGCCGCGUUGGCAAAGACAAAGACUGGCCGUGUGUCCAAGGCGGCUGCUGCUAAGCCCGCUACUAAGAAGGCGGCGCCCAAGAAGGCAGCGGCACCCAAGAAAGAAAAGACACCAAAGAAGGAGGCGAAGGCCGAGGCUGCUACCUAGGGUCUUACCCGGCAUCGCACCUGGGCAGGCAAGACUGUGUGAAUUUGGUGUUUAUUUUUGUCUUAUGCGUGGAAUCGGUCCAACUGGCGUUUAGGGAAUCAGGGUAUAAAGAGAUGCGCGCAUGUGUAUUGUGUAUGGUUUCAUCAUGCAAGGGGUUUUGGGGGGCAUAUGUUUGGGUUGCUUGUUUUUUUUUCUGCUCUCAGGGAAUCGGGAGUGGUGGGUUGAACCUUUUCUACCCGAAAGGUUUUUACAUGAAUGGGUGCGGGGGGUGUUUGGCCACGACAAUGCUACUGCUACUCAUCGGCAAGGAAGGGAGGUUUUUGUUGUCGAUUGCUUUUGAGUGCGUGGGCGGGAAUUGCACAUAACUCUUACGGUCAUAACAUCAGACAGAGGGGUUUGACGAUUGACGAAAGAAAGCUACACACCCUGUAAUUAUACCAAUGACCAAAGGCGUUUUUACAUUGUUA